AUGUUUCUUCAUUAAACACUUGAUUAGCCAUAUAGUUAAGUGGGCACUCCUUUGAGCAGAAGGAAUGCAACUCCAAGUGAUAUGAUCCAUCUCAACAGUCCGUUCUCCACACAUAACAUGCAUCAGAAGGAUUACUUAAGAACCCGUGGAAAUGUAGGGAGUAAUAAUUAGCAAUUUCAACACAAAACCAUAAAGCUUUCAUUGCCAUCUCGAAUUAAACCAAAAUAGAAAAGAUUACUGAGAUAGGAUGAUCCACUCAUCACUUAUAGUCCAAUCAAUUAAUUGCGAAAACCACCUACAAAUUUGUUUAUUAAGUAUUUGGAUGGUGAAAUCAGUACCUAAGACUUGGUAUCCCAAUCCAUUUCAGAAAAUCGAUUACAAAGUAAUAAGGACAAGUCCAAAACUUAAGAAAAUAAAAUGAAAAAGAUUAAAAAUGCCAAACUCAAUAUCUUACAAAGGUUCCUAUAGGAUAAAAUCAAAAAGAAGAAUUCUAAACCCACAAUCGACAUAGAUUUUAAUUUAUCCAAAACUCAUAUCGAAGUUACAUAAACCAAUGACUCAGGAAUCAAGUCUUCCAACUCAGUCAAAAAACUCAAAUAACUAUAAAUAUUGUUUUUUCCAAAGGUGGAAUUACAAAAAUCAGAGGAUCCUGUUUUCAAUUACAAACAAGUAUUCAAUGUGGAAUCGGAUCAACUUCUGUAGGACAUCACUGAAGAACGAAAUAGAGUCAAUCAAGAGACCUUUCAUCAAGUUGGGAAGGAAUUAAUCAUAAAGCUCCAGUCUCGUAAAAAUUAGAAUCUACCCUUAUACAUUCCAAUGGAGAAAGAGGUUAUCAUAUCAAAGGAUGUUUAAUUGUACAAUUAUUUACAUGAUCAUUCAAAAAAGGUCACAACUUCCAAUUGUAAGAAGGCUGAAACAGAGAAGGUAGUAUUUAUGCGUUACAAGGGGACGCAACGGAAAUUCGCCACCAAAAAUUGUUUAAGGAAUCAAAAGACUCCGUACGAUAACCCAUAUUAAAUUGAUGAACCUUAUUCUCAAGAAUCUUCUUUAGAAUCUGAACAACAAUCCUAUAACCUUUCAUAUUUGAGAAUAUAAGAUUCAAAAUUUUAUGAUUAAUCCAAUAUCAAUUCAUAAACUCCUUAAAGAAGAGAAAAUCUGGCUUUAAGAUAGUUUAACUAUUUAUAACCUAUUAAUAAAACUUAAAAUAAAUUUAAGUUUUAGAAACCAUUCUAAAACCAAACUGAAUCUAAAGAUUUACUAAACGAACAGUGA